GUACACACGGAAAAAUUGGCUUGGUUUUAAAAAUGAAAAAUGCAAUUAAACCCUCCAAAACACCAUGAUUAGCGCGCCAAAAUUUCCAACCCUCAUAAUUUCUCCAUUGCCCUCAAUCCCUCUCCCUCCUCUCUUUCUCUCUCUCUCUCUCCAAUGGCCGAUAUUGACCCUCCAUCCUUCUCUCUCGGCCUGGACCUCGAUGCCGAACCGGAACCUGAAAUACCCACUCGAAUCCAUGAACUGUCCGUUCUCAAUCCAGCUCCAGGUCCGAGUUCCUGUACCGUAUCGGAGGACGAUGAUGAUCGAGUUUUCCAACCCCGAGUCGCAAAUUCCGAAAAAGAUGGUUCUGGGCUUCAGGUUAUGGAUUCGGAUCCCGAAAGUGGGCCAGAUUCGCCCCGGAUAUUCAAGCGGCUGAGACGAGGACCCGCAAUCGAGGAACCAAGAUUGAAGAGGAAAGAAAAGGAGGCGGUUUUUUUUGAUAAUGGUGAUGAUGAGAUUGAAGAGUUCUCCUCACAGGAAGAUUUUGUUAGGGAUGCACAUUCAUCAAAACAGUACAAUUCUGUAUGUAGUAGUUCAAAGGUUCCUCUGCAUGGUUCUGGGGUUCUGACUACUCAAUCAUCAAGCCAGAAGAAAAGUGAACAUUCUUCAGAUGCUCCAUCCUCUUCCUGUGCAGAGACAGGCCACAAUGGCUUGGUAUUUCCAAAGCUAACUAGAAGUCCUCUUCGAAGGUUUCAGUUAGUUGAUUCUGAUUCUGAUUCUGAUUCUGAAGAGCCUUCUAUGAAUAAAGAUGUAAGCAGAAAAAUUAAUUCAUCCUUGAAGAAGCAGCAGCCUCCUGCAUGUGAACAAAGGAGAAAUCAAUCAACAGAGAAGCAUCAAAGUGAGGAUUUGUGGAAAGAUUUCUGUCCGGUAAAGAAUUUUCACAUUCCAACACCUGUUCUGGAUGAGGUCUGCAAAGAAUAUUUCCACUCCCUUCAAGAUAAGAAUGCAGCUCAGAAACUGGGAAGUGGUUUAUAUAAAGGCGGUGUGGGCAGUCAUCAUGACUUAAAUAGCAUCAAAGGCUACGAGCAAAGAUGGAAUUUGGCUGACCCUCUUCCUCCAGCUCAUCAUUAUUUCUUCCAUGAUGAUCCAAGGAUUCAGACACUAGUCCGCUGUCGCUUACCUAACUUUUCCCCAUUGGGCAUAGUUAACAGGGGAAAUCAGCAGCAUAGUGAAUCAGUCAUUAAUUACAUAAGUCAAUUCCAUGGAGAAGCUUCUAAGCAAGGGGGAACUCGGGGAAGUAACAAUGGGAAAGGCUCAACAAGGGGAAGAAACAAAUUAAAGAAAUCAAAUGCCAAAGAAGUCAUGCAUGCUUCUGAAGGAUGGGUAGACCCUAAAAUCAGUUCUGCCAUUCCAAAGGAUGCUGGGAAAAGACGUGUUCAUGCAAAUGGUCAAGCUGCUGGUCGCUGGUUUACAUCCCCUGAGGGGAGGAAGGUUUAUGUUUCGAGAAGUGGUCAGGAGUUGACUGGUCAAAUUGCAUACAGACACUACAGAAAGGAGAGUGGAGGGUUUAGAAAGUCAAAAAAGAAGACUAAUGUCAAGAGGAAGAAAGGCUGAAUGUGGAUGCCAACACAGAUAUCUAUACGUUUUCCCCCAUAUAUGUGCCAGUUCAUUCUUGUAAACCUUGUAGAUUAGAUUUUUCAUGUAGCUAAUCUACAUUCAAGUUUGUACACUUGCCAAUGCAUUUUUAAAACUUUUGCCCAACAUCAUUUAUAUAAGGAAUUCUAAGCUUCAAAUCUUGAGA